AUGGUGAUGUUAAGUGGAGGAAAUGGCGUCUCAAGAAGCCCUAGACCGAGCGAGAUUAGCCGCGAGCGUCGCGAGGCAGAACAAAGGAAACGCCUGGACGAGUUGCGCGCACACGCAGCCGCGGCGCAGGCGCAGCGCGAGAAGAGGGACGAGGACCGCCGCCGGAGACAGGCUGAGCAACGCGCUAAGGAUGAUGAAAGGCGUGUACAGGUUGAAGAACGCAAGCGCGCGAUAUGGGAGGCAUCAAUAUCGCGCCGCGAGGCGUUGCUGCAACGAGAACGCGAUCGGACGGAACGGUUGGAGCGGCAGCGAGCAGCUCGCUCCGCUCCCCGGCCGGCGUUCGCAUUCGGCUCGUCCACACCUCGACUACUAGAGCCGGUAGACUCGGCUGGAUUUUUCUGGGCCGCGCGCAGUACCAACCCCAUAGAUCAGAUGAACUUUUUUGAAUCACUGGCGGCAUCAACAACAAAUGUGAUGUUCGCGUCUGCGCCGCUCACGAGACGCGCUUCUGCACUACACUUGGAUUCAUCAGACACCGAUAAUAAAGACGAACCCGAGCGCAGCCCGCAGCCGGUGAUGUGGUCGUCGGUGGCGCGGCGGCGCACGGACCUGGUGCCCACGGUGCCGGCGCCGCGGCCAGGUAGGGCCUACUCCAUGACGCGGCUCGACCGCCUGCCGCCGCAGCGCCCGCUGGCCUCCGCCUCGCCCUCGCUGCACCACCUCAACAGGGCCCAGCCCCGCUCGGGCGACACGACGCCGGGCUCGCGGCCGGGCAGCGCGCUGGCGGGCGCCGUGCCGCGCCGCCCCGCCUCCGCGCCGCGCAAGCCGCGCCCCGCCUCCAUCGCCGGCACCGGCGUCAACACGCCCAGAGGCGGCGGCGACACGUUGUCGCUGUCGGUGGCCACGACGCCGAGCGUGUCGCGCGACAGCACGGUGAUGGCGGGCGGGGACGCGCCGCGCCGGCCGCACACCGCGCCGCGGCGGCCCCGCCCCGCCUCCAUGCACGCCGGCGCCAAGCCCGUGACGCCGGUCGCGCCCGGUGAGGGCAAGCCGCCAGUACACAGAAAGCCAAAGCCAUCCAAAGAUCACGAAAAGGCGGCGCGUGGCAAGUCCCUGUCUGCCUCGCCGGGCCGCACUCUGUCGCCGUCGCCCGCCGCUUCCAAAGAGCCCAGUGUCGACAAGGAAAUCGCUAAGCCGGCGGCCGCGCCCGCGGCGGCGCUGGACAAGAGCCAGGUGGACGCGCUGGAGGUCACGCACAAGCUGGAGGCGCUGCAGAUACAGAACGGACACGCACACCAUGAUAAUGAUAAGUCAAACGAAAUCAAAGAAACAAUAGAAGAUAAGCAGGAAACGAAAAUCGAGCAAGUCACAGAAGUAGUGAAACACGAAGAGAGAAUGGUGAUCGAGAAGGAGAAGAGAGAAGACAAAGAGGAGAGGAAGGAGCCCUCCGUUGAAAAGACUGAAGAAAAUGAGAUGACUGCGUCGAUGACGGCGCGCCGCAUCACGACGGAGGAGCAGGCCAAGGCCGCGCUGGCCGAGCGCCGCCGCCGCGCGCGCGAGGAGCUCGAGCGCCAGGCCGAGCGCGAGCGGCUCAGGCUUCAACGCGAGGCUGAGGAAGAAGCGGAGCGGCAGCGGCUGGAGGAGGAGCGCCAGCGGAAGGAGGAGGACGAGGCGCGGGAGCUGGCCCGGCUGCAGCGCGCCAUGGAGGAGGAGAAGCUCAGGAAAGCCAUCGAGGCCCAGCAGCAACUCGAGCGCGAAGAGGCCGAGCGCAAGACCCGCGAGGAAGCUGAAAGACAAGCGCGACUCCGCGAGGACGAGGAGAAGAGGAAGGCCGCCGAGGAGGCCGAGAAGCUGCGUCGGGAGGAGGCCGAGAAGGAGGAGAAGGAGCGCCUCGCCAGGAAGCAGCGGGUCGAAGCCAUCAUGGCCAGGACACGCCUGCGGAAGCAGGCGGAAGAAGAGAAGAAGCAAGCGGCCCCAGCUGCCGCGGCCACAGAGCCCACGCCCACGCCCACAGCUGCGCCGGCCGAGGCUACGCCCACUCCCACGGCCAUGCCCACGCCCACUCCCGCGCAAGAGGUCGCGGCCCCCACGGACAAUGGGAACGCGCCCACACAGACGCAGGAGUCCAAGCCUGUGGAGGCUGCCCCCGCGGCGGAGAGCGCGGCCCCGCCCGCCGCCACCAACAACGGCAACGUCACUGCCGACCUGCUGGGGCUGUCCCAAACACACGCCACUGAGGACAAACCUGCCGAGCAGACGACGACAAUCAAACUCCCGACUAACGACAACGCACCAAUCACCAACACGCCAAUCGAAGCCAACAACGGGAACGUGCCCCAACCCGCCAAUAUUGGCCACAUAUCCGCCAACUUCAUACAAACCGAGCGUAUGUCCAACGAAAGCCAAACAAAGAUGGCCGAUGUGCCGAAAAUCCUCGAUGAUGACUUCACCACGCACAACGGUCACGGGGCCACUCACAACCACCCCUUGACAUUGCAAAAUGCUAUCUAAUUACAAACACAUAAGGUUGGUAAUGAAACGCAGUCGGUUUUCACAGCGUAUAUAUUGGCUGACAGUCGUGAGGUUGUGAUUAAGGCACGCUAUUAUUGAUAACUUGGAGUUAGAUAGGCUUAUUUAUUAUGACUUUUGUAUGUUUGACCGCUGACGGCCCACUGCCAUAAUUAGGCAAGAAAAACGCUCGAAAAAAGGCCCUUAAUUACAAGGAGAUUAGAAAUGAAACAAAACGUCCAAAUAUUUAACAGUCAGCGGUCGGACAAAACCACGGAAACGACAAAUGAAAAAAGAGAGACUCCUGUCUCAAACAACAUCAAAUCGAUAAAACCAGUUGGUAUGUGUGUCACGGUGCUUUUAAUGAUUUUCACACAUCACAAAUAUUCACUCAAAAAAAUGUUAUGUUAUAGUUGGUGCUAGUAAGUUUUAUAGAUAGACUUGUUAUAACAAAUUGUUGAAUAGACACAUGAACAACAAAACAACCACAUUUUACUUAGAGUCGUCGUUCUUUCUAACUUAUAACGACUUGCUAUAAAUUCCGACAUUAUCUGGACUUCCAGAUUAAACUCCACAUUUCAUAAGAUUUCAUCAUCCCAUUGGACUCGAGAAAUAUAAUAUAGUUCAUCUGUAAAAUGUCUUGAGUAGACGACUAAUCUGAAACAAAUAUUUGAACAAAAAGUAUUUCUAAAAAUACUAGGAAAUGUCUUAAAACCGUUUAUAUAUUAUCUAAGCAUUUUAUCCAUAGACUAUUAAUAAGAUGAAGUAACAUCAAAAAUAGAGGAAAGCUAGGAUUUUCAACAACAAAAUGACAUGAAAAAAACCUCAGAUCUCUUUAAAGUAAGAAAGAAGUAUUGAUGGAGCGAUCUAUGUCGCUAAGCCAAUAUGUAUGCGUGAAAACAGGGUAUGUAUGUGUCUGUCACUCUGGAAACAGUGUUAUAAUAACAUUAUAAACUUAUAACAGCCUGCUUGAUUCGCAAGAGAAGUGUCUAUGUAAAGGAACUGACCUUCUGCUCAUAGUAUUGUUUGAGGCGAUUCUGAAAGAGGUAUGUAGCGAGGGAUAUUAUGUAUAGAUCCGUAUGAAUAGGCUAAAAAAAAAAGAAACUGCAAAAAAUGGUCACUCAUUUAAUUUAAGACCUUUGGCAACCUCUCCGUCAUUUUAUGACUGACAGUGAAACCUUUUAGGUUUUAGUGUUGAUUACGCAACCCUAAAAACAGACACCCCUCGCUAUGUUACCUAGAAAAAGCCUGUACGACGCCAUGACGGUUAUUUUUGAGAAAUAAUGUAAUUAUUUUGCCUGGGAUUUAUAAAUAUGAUAUGAAUUAUAUUCAAAUCAUGUGUACAAGUAUAUCUAUAUUCAUGUAUCUUAUGUGUGUAAAUAACCAUGUAAUCAUUAAAGUUUUUGAAAUAUAUACUUAUAAUUGUAUAAAAGUAGCUUAUGUAUUUACUGUUUUAAUCAAAAUAAAGUUUAAAUUAUUGUAUGUAAAGCCACACUGCGUCUUUUCAAUGAAAUAACGCAUACAACUACUAAAAAUGAUACGUUAGCAAAAUCCUAAGCAAAAUUAUAAAUUACAAAUAUUUUAUAUCACGGAAAGGCAUAAGAGUGACAGUACACGGGGAAGGCACUAAAUUAUUAAAUAUAUUAUAAUUAAUGCAUUUAUUGUAAAUUAUCGCAAGUGAGUACUUGGUUUUACUAACAAACUUAUAAUAUGGUCAAACAUUAGCAUUUUCAUGUACAGUUGUGACGGGAAUCCAGUGAUAGCGAAGCGAUAAAUAUGAAUAGCCAUUAAACACAUCCAGAUAAAUAAUCGCAAAUACGAUAUUCAAUAUUGUUAAUUGCAAUGUUUAGAUGUCGUUAAAUGUAAAAUGUUUGCUAUAUAAUAUAUUUUUGUAUAGCUUUGCUUGCUCCGGAGUCUUGGGCUAUAAGCUCGUAUGUAAUCGAUAAACGACUACUGUACCACUAUUCGAAUUCUCUUAAAUUGUGAAAGCAAUGGCACUUGGCGCUGUCUCAGAGAAAUUCCGCUUAAAGAGAUGACAAUCAUAUAAAUAAAAUACAUGGUUUAACUUAUUAAGCCAAUGUAGGUUUAAAGUAUAAGAACGAUUAUAUUUAUUCCGUAUUGUAGAAUACCAGAGCGCUAGCCCGUUGUUGUAAAAACUAUAAAAUACAUAUACGUUUAGUAACAAAAACUGAAACAUUGGAACAUGCAAAAUAAUGUUAGUAAGCCAAUAUAAACGAGUGACGGUGUUCAUUAUCUCUGUGUAAAAUAUUGUUGAUAUGCAAGAUUCUAUACAGCACAGCACAGAAGUUCUGAAUUUGGGGUGUUUUAUUUAUCUUUUUGUGUGGUUGGUGUAAACCCUAGUGUAAAAGAGAUCGCCCAUAAGCCUAUGUCAUAACACACAUGCAGACAUUGUGGCUGUGAUUUGAAUAUUUUACUAAAUGCCUCACGUCACAAGGAUCGAAUUCCUUACAGCGGUAGACGUUUUCUAAAAUAAAUACAAUUACUAUUACUAUUAGAUGCUUCUAAAAUUUUGAUAAAUCAAUAAUAGUUUAUACAGAGAUAUGAACCUUAAUGUCCAUUAUUUAAAUUUAAUUUUGCAAUACCACACUUAGAUGAUAUGAAAAUCCGUCUCGAUAGAAUUGGUGUCGUGUGGUAAGCUCUAAAUAAGUUUUAUAUUUAAUUGUAUCAUAAUUUUAAUAAGUCUUAAUGGAUUAUUAGUGUGAAUAGCUUAAUGAAAUACUUAUAUAAUGAGCUCAGAUAACAUCAUUUAGUUAAUGUUAAAAGGAAGGAAGGUUGAUGGAUUUGUGGACUUGGAUAAAGAUAUACGCAUUUAACCGAAUAAUAACAACAUACUAAUCUACUUUAGAAACAUUAGCACACGCUAAAAGUCUUGCCGUCAAGCUUUAGCUGGCUUACGAACCAGGCCAGGCGGCCUAGAGUUGCAAAAGAUGCAAAAUACAGAUCAUGCUUCAUAGUAAAGAUCGAAAAUCCCAAACUAAUGUUUGUUAUGACUAUUACGUGAGUAUCCGUAUUCGAGAUAAAAUAUAAUAUGUUAGGGUUAAGUUUGAAAGUAGUAUACCCGAUUAAAGUUUUUUUUAGUUUCUUUGCAUAAACUUACAUCAAUUUAUGAUUUUGCUUAUUUUGGCUUAAUGUCUUAACUUUUGAUGGAUUGAUCAAUAUUUAAAACAGAAAUUCGAAAUUUAUAAAAAAAAAAUAAUUUCAAAAAAGAAAAAAGUAAAGUGUUUAGAGUUCAAAAUGGUAUGUUCAGUUUGUGUAAGCCUUUUAGUUUACCUUGUAAUCACGAUGAACGCACAGAAUUGUUUCCAAUACGGAUACUCACCCCAAACUGAACGCGACGAUUCAAUUUGUUUUUCUAAACAGUUUUUUUAGAAAGAAAAUCAAAUGAACAGUAUAUAUUUAGGUAUGAUGAUGAGGUUAUGCUUAAUAAAGUUACAAUAAUGUAAUUUAAGUUAUUUAUCACGUUAUAUAUACAAAUUUUUGUAUUAUAAGUAGAUAGCAUUCAAUGUUAUUCAGCUUCUUUUAUAGGAUGUUAAAGAAAUCUAGUUAUUUGAUACCGUUUCAUGAGGUUACAAUGGGUUGCAUUAAUAUAAUUUACAACUGGACUAAGAUUCUAACAGUCUACUAGUUUUUGUAUAAAUAAAUUGUUCAGUCGAAAAGUUGUAGUUAGGUUUUCAUACAAAUACAUUUUAGUUUAUUAUUAUUGUUUUAAGAUUUUAAACUUUUUAGCGUUGACAUACAUUUGCAUGUUGAGAAUGUUGUUUUUAUGAAAAUGUAACUAGGACUCGUCGAUUUAAGGGGAAUGUUUCCCAAACUGUAUAUUAUUCCAUAAUUUUUCUUUCACAUAAUAAUAAUAAUAGUAGUUUUUUUCCAAUUUAUUCUGUUGCGUGUCGAAUGCGUUGUUUUUGUGUGAUGUUAUGUAAAAGUUAGUUAUAUGAAUUGUUGAAGUAAGAAUGGGGUGAAGUGCAAGCGCGUACGUUGUGGAACAAAUCACCUACAGCGUGCGUGGUCAGUGCAUUCGACACCCAAUAGACUGACAUCCACAACAAAUGUCAGUACCGAUGACGUUCGUCCCCACGUCACACUGACAUCUGUUGUCAAUGUCAAUUAACAAAUUUAUAAUAACGAUUUUUGCUUGUAGGUAACAUUUGUACGAUUUGUGUUUUAUGCUUAUCCAUCCACUUUUAAUCGUUCAAAUUAAAAUGAAGAAUCACGUAGUGUCUCACGGCCUUAAUUAUUAUAAAACAAAUAUAUGCGAACCAUGUUUAAGUAAAUUUCUUGUUUAGUAAAUGAAUAUGGUUGAUAGCACGAGUGAAAUACAAGCGUACGUUUGUGUCAACAUCGAGUCGAUGUCAACCAUUUUGUUUACUGCACAGGAUAUUUAUUCUGGCCAGAAUCAUACCUAGGUUGACGUUAUGAUAGAUUUUUUUUACUAAUAAUUUUCAGAUAAGUGACAGCUGAAUAUCAAAUAUACGCUUGACAGUUGUAAGUUACUUGGUUCCCGUAAGUUAUUCAUCUUGUAUCGCUUACUCGGUUUAUCAGAACGUCUUCCUUCGUACGGUCGUUAGUAAAUGUAAUAUUUUAAUACAAUGAUCAGUGUGACAGGUCGCCCCCGUGUUACGUCGACCGUCAUGUUCCAUAGUCUGACUGUUAAGUUAUUAAGUUUAAAUGUGCUGACGAGCGUCCUAUGUUGCGUAUAACGAACAAUAAACCCAGCAGAUUACGCGACAAUAAUACCAAAAUAAAACUAGUCUAAAAUGUUAUGUAAUUAUUGAGAAAGCGUGCUAAUUAAAAAUAUUUUUUUCCAUUAUUCAAAUAUGUACUAAAUUAAUUUUCGGUUAGGAACGGUACUUUUGUAUGUUUAGCGUUAAUGAAAUAUGGCGGCCUGUCACAUUGCGCCCGCGCAUGUUUGUGUGUAAGCGCGUCUGUGUGUGUGUAUGUGGGUGUGUGUGAGGCAACGCAGUCCAUACAUCGGUACGGUUAGUAGUUGAGAAAUAAUAAUGUAAUUGAUAUCAUACAUAGAUGGACAUGGCUUCGAUGCGUUAUAUAACUACUGUAUUACGUUUAUAAACAUCAUGGAUUUAUUAAAUGAAACAAUUUUAAUACGAAAAAUAAAUACAAAGAAGUUAC